AUGAACGGUUCAUUAACAACGAAUUCAUCAGCAUCGAUUUCGCUACAAUCUCAGCAACAGCAGCAGCAGCAGCAACAGUCACAACAGCAACAUAUGGCUUCGAAUCAGAUACCUGUCGUUUCUUCUGUCUCAAAUACGAUUAAUAAUGUUGUACCGACUAAUACUGGAAUAUCACGACCGCCAGUGCCGAGUAGUAUCGAAAGUGCUCCCCCGCCAACCCCAACCGUUGCCCCGCCGCCAGCUCCAGCACCCCCGAAACGUCGUGAAAUCUAUCGAUUCACGUCAACAAGACCGUUAUUCGCUGCAUCAUGGUCGUGUAAACGACAUCCUGACAAACGAUGGCGUAUUGCCGUUGGAAGUGUAGUGGAAGAUAAACCUCAGAACAAUCGGGUGUCAAUCAUUCAGUUGGAUGAGCAGCAAGGCGAACUCAUGGAACGUUUCUCGUUUGAGCACAAUUUUUCACCAAAUUGUAUCGAGUGGAUACCAGAUUUGCACGACAAUUAUCCGGAUAUUUUGGCGACGAGUGGCGAAUGCUUGAAAAUUUAUCGGAUCGAUAACAACACAGCAACGAUUGAGUGUAUUCUCAACAACAAGCAAACGUCCAAUUAUUCCGGUCCAUUAACAAAUUUCGAUUGGAAUGAAGUUGAUCCAUCAUUAAUUGGAACAUCUUCUAUCGAUAUGAGCUGCACCAUCUGGCAACUGGAGACAGGACAGUCGUUAGGACAAACGAAGAAAACAACGGGAAAUGUUAAGACGCAGCUGAUAGCUCACGAUAAGCCAGUACAUGAUAUUGCGUUCUCGAAAAUUGGUAAUGGGCGAGAUAACUUCGCUACUGUUGGUGCGGAUGGAAGUGCGCGUUUAUUUGAUCUUCGGAAUCUUCAACAUUCGACAAUUGUUUACGAGGAUCCAAUGAGGACACCGCUGAUGCGACUCGCAUGGAAUAAACAAGACUUUCAUUACUUAGCGACAUUCGCACAAGAUUCUGCCGAGGUGGUUGUCAUUGAUAUUCGUAUGCCGUGUAGUCCAGUGGCUCGACUGCAUAAUCAUCGCGCUUGUGUUAAUGGUCUCGCAUGGGCACCGCAUUCGGCUUGUCAUAUUUGCACUGCAGGUGAUGAUCAUCAGGCGCUAAUUUGGGAUGUAUCAUCGAUGCCCAGACCAGUAGAGGACCCUAUUCUUGCGUAUCAAGCUGCCGGUGAGGCUGCCUUUCUGAUGCCAAAUCAAGCGAAUCAACAAAUUGGAAACAUUCAAUCAAGCAGCGGAGCUGGUAUAGGUCAACAACACACAAUGCAAAUGGUUGCUGAUGAUUUAGAUCAGCUCGUCGUACAAGGUGGUGUUGUAUCGUCAUCAAACACAACGUCAAGUGGGGUGAAAAGGAAAGAGAUAUACAGAUAUGAAGCACCGUUCACCCUGUACGCCACUUCAUGGUCACAGCAUCCUGACCCAUCCAAAAAGUUUCGAUUAGCAUCUGCGAGUUUCAUUGAAGAAUACAACAAUAAGGUUUCCAUAGUUCAAUUGGACGAGGAAGCUGGUGAAUUCAUUCACCGCGGCAUGUUCGAUCACCCUUAUCCGGCCACUAAAGUCAUGUGGAUACCAGAUCAAAAAGGGAUUUAUCCGGAUAUGCUGGCGACGAGUGGUGAUUAUUUGCGUUUAUGGCGAGUUGGUGAAGAGAACGGAGCACGCAUUGAGAACAGAAGUAGUGAAUAUUGCGCACCUCUAACGUCGUUCGAUUGGAAUGAUGUUGAUAUAUCUUUAAUUGGAACAUCAAGUAUCGAUACCACUUGCACGAUAUGGCAAAUUGAAACGGGUCAAGCGAUUGGAUGCUAUCGAACCACCGAAGGAAGCGUCAAAACACAGUUGAUAGCACACGACAAGGAGGUGUUCGAUAUAGCGUUCUCGAGACUGGGUAACGGUCGUGAGGUGUUCGCGAGUGUUGGUGCAGACGGUAGUGUGCGCAUGUUCGAUCUGAGACAUCUGGAGCAUUCAACAAUCAUAUUCGAAGAGCCGAAUCGUGUGCCUUUGCUGAGAUUGGCUUGUAAUAAGCAAGACCAUAACUAUAUCGCCACUUUUGCACAAGACUCCAAUGAGGUGAUAAUAUUGGAUGUUCGUAUUCCGUGUACACCAGUGGCCAAACUGAAUAAUCAUCGUGCUACCGUGAACGGUAUGGCAUGGGCACCGCAUUCAUCUUGUCACAUUUGCACUGCUGGUGAUGAUAACCAAGCACUCAUAUGGGAUAUACACUCAAUGCCAAGACCAGUCGAUGAUCCUAUUCUCGCCUAUCAAGCCGGAGGAGAGGUGAAUCAAGUGCAUUGGGCGGCUGCGUUUCCUGAUUGGAUUUCAAUAUGUUAUAAUCAGUGGCUGGAGAUUUUGCGAGUGUAA